UAAGGACAAAGCGAUCAAAGUUUAUCUCAAACUGCUGUACACUCCAGCUUAGAAAGAAGCCUUUUUGUGUGUCGAUUAAAUGAGUAUAACCUGGUAGGAUGAUGAAGACCAACUAUGUCCUUUUAGUUCCAGUUUCACGUUUCCCAUUUAAGUUGCAGUUCCUAGCAUUGCAGAUUUGCAUGUCUGCAGUUCUUGUUUUAUCACAAGAGGGUAAAAUUACCUGUGACGUGCCCUCUGUGAAAGCACUAAGAAGCACGUCACUAACAUGUCACUUUCCUGAGGACGUAAGCGUGACAAGAAAGGACGUGUCUGUGUACCUGCACAGAGAGGACACCAGUCCAGUUUCUGUCCUCAGUUGUUGCCAUGACAAGGAAGGAAACAUUAAUUUUAACAUUUAUCCUGGCUACACAUUCACGGGGACUGUAUCUCACGACCUGACUAUUCACAUUCCACGAGCGACUGUCGGUCAGACCGGAAGGUACACGUGCCAGCUCAUGGGCUACACAAGUAGUCAAUUCGAGUUCUGUGAUUUUAAGAUCCUGUCAGGCACUAAAACAAUUUGUGAUGCACCAUCAGUGAGGCAGGGAUCCCCAGCUUGGCUGUCAUGUUACUUUUCUGAAAAUGUCGGAGAAAGUAAAAGAGAUUUUUCUGUAUACCAUGUCUCAAGUCAAGGUUCCAAAGAAACGACAUUAACCUGUACCUGGAGUCAAGGCACUUUGACAUGCCACAACGCACGUGACUACCAGUUUGACAGGAGAAUAACGAACACUGCCACAGUGAAGAUACCCAAGGUGUCAGCCAGUCAUACGGGUACCUACUCCUGUCAACUGGCAGGUGCUGCACCACGUGACUACGAGGACUGUGUACUCAGUCUCGACCAAGGACCAACGACCUCCUGUAACAUCCCGUCUGUCAAGCUAAUGGAGCCGGCAACAUUAACCUGCAACUUUAGUGUCGACAUCAACAAAACGAAAACAAACUUUAACAUCGUCCACUUCAAUGAUCAGAAUAAAGCAGGUGUUGAUGUAUUGAAGUGCGUCUGGCAACACGUCGACCUGCUUUGUGACGUCACAUCAGGUUUAGAGUUCAGCCGCCCGGUGACUGACCAACUCGCCCUCACAAUUCCACGGGCAAACGACAGCCACGCUGGAAACUAUUCUUGCCAUCUUCAGAGAACUUCCAACAAUGCCACGUACUGUGAAUUAGUUAUAGUUGCAGACUCAGGAAGUAACAGCAGCGUGUCUGUGGUUGUUGGUGUGCUCAUCCCACUAUUUAUUUUGGUGCUGAUCGUUGUGGGUGUCCUACUGUACCGCAGACAUCAAGUCAGAAAAAAACAGAAAACAUUGUCAACUAGUGAAGACGACCAGCCAAUGUUAUCUAUCCAAACUACCGAUCAGACUACACAAAGAUUGCAGGAAAGUCUAUCAGUCAGCAUCCAGACCAUGUACCCAGAUAUUCUCACCGCCUGCUAUUUCGUGCCUUCACUCUACAUCAACAGAAACAUGUAUAGAAACGAUGAGGUGGCGGGUGAGAAGGUCGUUGUCAUGGAAGCCGCACCAGACGACACACUGAGGCACGACCACGCCAUCCAGCACGUCCUCAACUGUCUGCGCCACCUGGCGGACAGAGACCAGCAGGCCAUGUUUGUCCUCUCACAGUUCACCUGUGACGACUACCUGGCUAGUGUUGACGAGCAGUUUGCCCACCACAAGCUGCCGAUGCCCUCUGACCUCAGACGUCGUGACAAGAACUAUGAGAACUUUGAUGUACUCAUCGUCCACCGACAGUACGGUGUAGUGGUUGUGGUGGUGAAGGCGUCUGUCUGUACAGCAGAUAUACGGGUAGAGAUAAAAGACUUUAGAAGGGUUGUACAGGAUUUACGUAAAGCUGUCAAACAGUUGGAUGGAGCGGAGCGCAUGUUGAAGCAUCUCAUGGCGGAUGUGAGGCCUGAUAUUGCAAUACGUAAAACAUUGAUGUUACCAAACCUCUCUUUGAAGUUCUUAAAAGAAAUCUUAGGAAAACAUCAAGACGUAGAGAAGGGUCUCCGUGACUGCACUGGGCUCACUCACUUGUUUGAUAUCUCUGCAGAGUGUUUAUGCUCUGAUCAGCUUCAGAGUCACCACACGGUCGACCAGCUACAUAAUUGGCUAAAGGGUCGCUCUACAGACUCACCAACUGAUCCUAUAAUCAGUGAAAGCUACUACCUGACGAUUUUGUCCAGAUUCUGCGGUGCUGCCACCAGACCGUACCUGACGCUGCCUGACGGUCGUCGUGUGUGUACACCAAGCUCACUGCAACAGGCCGUCAGUCUCACAGGCGAACUCUUCAACGGCGCCAUCAUCCACCCUGAACAUCAACAGCUUGUGACUGAAGCGCCACCUCGUGUCUUUGUGUCCGGACCGCCAGGGUCAGGCAAAACCACUUCACUGGUGCUGAUGGGGAAACAGUGGCUGUCAGAGGGCCACAAGGUCUGUGUGCUCAGUACGUGGAGGGAGAAUCGAACAUCAUCAAGGUUUUUACACGCCCUGCUCAAACAAUUUUUAGAAAGGAGUUGCAAGUCAGGCGCACCAGCUGACAUGCAUGAAUACCCUCAAGAGGACAACAAAGACACUUCGGUAAUGAACAGAAAUCCUGAGACAAAAGAAACAAGAAAGUCAAGGUCGUCAAACACUGAAAAAUCGUCAAAAGACAGGAAACUGAUGUUUGAAGAAGUAGACCUAGAGAAACAUGAGUUGAAAAAAAUCAUCGAGAAAGUAAGGAAACUGUCAACGGAACCUCAUUUGUUAAUACUCGUUGAUGAUGCAGGCCCCUGUGGAAAAGAAAAUCUAUUUAAGUCUUUUUGCCACCAACUAUUUGCUACUUGGCUGAACCUCAAUCUUUGGGCGGCUAGCUGCUAUACUUACGAAACUCCAAAAGGCUGGAAUGUAAAACAUUUCCGAUGGAAUGUCUCCUGUCCACCCGCAAUACUUCGGGAAAAGAAUCUGUUAUCGGUGGAAAAAGACAAAUGCAAAACUCUAUUCUUGUGGCAUCCAGACAAUAUAAGAGUGGCUCCAACAGAGGGUCUGCCAGUCAAGUAUGUCAAACACUAUGGAGAUGGCACAAAAGGUCAUAACAGAGGUCAUGCACUUGCAUGUGACAAGUGCUGUCGUGAUGUGAUCCACAUAUUAACAGCUCUGCUGAAGACAGAUACGAGAGACAUCAGUGACAACUGUAAGACCGGCUCUACAUCCACAAACAGGUCUUCAGUCUUGCAAGGCUCGGACUCCAGCAGCUGGACACCAAGACUUGACCCGUGUGAUGUGCUCGUACUGUUUGAACAUGAACUUUGUGAGAAUAAAGACUUUCGUGAAAACACGACAUUUUUUAAAACUCUACAGAAGUCUGGCUUUAGCAUUCUGUCAGUAGAGAACAGAGAGACUCAGUUUGUGUCUCAAGUCUCCCGCCAUCACUUGUGGGUUGCUAAUGCAGCACAACUCUGGGGCUUCAAAAACAAAAUCGUGAUUUAUUUGGAACAAAGUGGACAGCUGCCCAAUUCGCAGAGUUAAAUAGGCUACGUGGUGCCACAAGCUGUACAUCUCAACUGAUCUGGGUUAAAGACAUAAGUUCUUGUCCACAAGCAUAACUUUACGACAUUACAAGUCAAAAGAACACAGGAUAGUGACAAUGUCUUGUCCACCUGCACAUAUGCAAACAUGUUUUACAUUUAUCUGAUACUUCUUUUAGUUAUAAAGCUUACUAUUUUAUUUUAGUUACAAAUUUUAGCUUCUGUCUGCACAAGCGAGUUUAUGACUUACAGAGUUUGCAGUCGAGGAGAAAAAGUCAACUGCUGAACUUACGAAUAUGGAAAUAUGUAAUGUCACUUUACUGCACAUUUUGGCCAAAAUUAAUAACAGCAGGUUUCUCUUAUUUUAGAGAUUUUCGAAAAUAGAAAAUAAAACAGCGAGGCCUGUAAAGUGCUGAAAAUAAAUAAACUUUGACGCAUAUAAAGAGAAAUAAUAAACUUAGAGAAAAAUAAAAUAAGAAACAGUAUAUAUUUUUAAAAGAUAGUCUGAAAUUAAUUUUAUUUUUUAAUUAAUUUUCAUUAAUUGUAUGCAAUGUUAACAUCCUAAACAAAAAUUAAAAUGCCAAAUAACCAGGCCAAAAGCUGGAAGAAAAGAUGUCAACUACAGAGGUACCUUUUCUGAUGGUAAAUCAUGUUUGCUGAGGCACGAAAGAUGUCGAUAUAAACACUACAUAAGCCAGCAGUUCCUGUGAUAUGGAAUGUUUAUCAUACUGUUUUGUUUAUUUACCUGUCAAAAUGUAAUUAGCUCAUCAGAUUUACAUUAAUUAAAAAACAAGAAAUAG